AUCAUGGCGGAUGAUAGUCGGUGUAACAGAUAAACCAGACAAUAUUUUACUGUUUGCUCGAUUUCCUGGGUAUAUUGAACAUCCAGCCUCAGCCGUUUUGUCGACAUUGCAACCCUCGACUGCACAUUAUUGACUUUUACAGUACAGAUGGCCUUGACCUCUAAUUGAUGUGCAUGGCCGGACUGUGGGACGUCGAGGAUGCGGCUGAAACGUACUCACCUGGUGACCGUCGUCAUCGGUGUCUUCCUCUCCUGGAAUAUUCUCACAUACUACAUGCUGGUUUCUAAGCAACCAGGAAAAGUCACUGAUGUUCAAGGAAAAGAAGCUUUAGAAUCACGGCUUGGUAAACUUGAGAAGGACUUAUCAAGUCAGCUUGCGGAAAAUGAGGAGCUACUUCAAAAGCUUCGCCAUCUCAAGGAGGAGGCAGACCAGAGAAAAAAUGUUCCUGUAAGAGAUAACAAGGAUGAGGCUCACCCGAACCAGAUCGCCAUCCUGAUGAUCGCGUGUGACCGGGUGACUGUUAGCCGCAGUCUCGACCAGCUCAUAAAAUAUCGUCCACCUGGUGACAAGUUCCCGAUCGUGGUCAGUCAGGACUGCGGCCACCAACAGACGGCGGAUGUCAUAGAUGGAUAUGUCAAGAAACAACUUGUCAAACAUGUCAAACAACCUAAUUUAGCCAACAUCAACCUUCCCUGGCCACAGAAGAAGUUUGUUGGCUACUAUAAAAUAGCCCGCCAUUACAAGUGGGCUUUAAACCAGAUAUUUACGGUCUUCAACUAUUCCACAGCCAUCAUUGUAGAAGACGAUUUAGACAUAUCACCAGAUUUCUUUGAAUACUUUGCUGCGACGCACCGUGUGAUGAAGACUGACCCUAUGUUGUGGUGCGUGUCUGCCUGGAACGACAACGGCAAGGAGAACAUGGUUUCUGAGAACUCCGAGCUGCUGUACAGGACAGACUUCUUCCCCGGCCUGGGCUGGAUGAUCGAGCGAGCCACCUGGCUGGAGCUGGAGCCCAAGUGGCCAGACACGUUCUGGGAUGACUGGAUGCGGCACCCAGAGCAGCGGAAGGGCCGGGAGUGUAUACGCCCCGAGAUCUGUAGGACAAGUACGUUUGGCAAGAAGGGGGUCAGCAAGGGGUUAUAUUAUGAGAAACAUUUAAAGUUCAUCAAGUUAAACCAGAAGUAUGUGCCUUUCACACAACUAGAUCUUUCAUAUCUGGAGAAGGAGCGUUAUGACACUGAGUUUGUAAAGCAUGUGUACGAGUCCCCGCUGUUGUCCGUGGCCGAGGUCGUCAGUCAGAGCAAGAGUGAUUACGGGACAGUCAGGGUACAGUACAACACGAAAGAUGAAUUCAAAAGUCUCGCCAAAAAACUUGGAAUCAUGGAUGAUUUCAAGGCUGGUGUACCUCGAGCAGCUUAUAGAGGCGUCAUCAGCUUUAUGUAUAAGGGUAGGAGGGUCUUCCUUUCACCUCCCCCGAACUGGAGUCAGUACGACCCCAAGUGGAGCUGACCAAUGACAGCCCGGGAGACUGCUGGACGCAUCAUCCAAUGAAAACCACACAGAGGUGAUCCAAGAAUACCAUGAACCAAUCAAGUGCUGUGUUACAUAUUUAGAGUGUCUGUGAGUGAAAGGAGCGUAUCCGAGGUUUCGAGUGGUGACAGGGUCAUGUUGCAUUCAUGACAGUGAAAUGAAUCUUAGUUGCUCAGGAGUUCCCACUACUUCAAUAUUGAUUUUCCUUGAACAGUUUGAACCUAUCAACAGCUUGUUCCUACAAGCCUUGUGUGUACUGUAUUUCCUUGACUAUAGUGUGCAUCCAAGCAUAAUGCACACAUCCAUAGAGGAUGCAGUAUUUCGGAGAAUUUGGGGGGGGGAGUAUUCGUAGUCCAAAACUACGUCGUAUUCCACUUAGGUGAGAAGCAUUUUUUAUAAAUUUUGGAGACCUUUUUUCAGGUACUGGACCCAAUUUCAUUAGUUU